CAUCCAGCUGUUAUCUAAGCAGGCAGAGCUCUGGCUAGCGUUAGCAGCCUGUGUAGCGUCGGUACAGUGAUGAAACGGCCCUGAGAGUCGGGAAUAAACCGGUGUGUUACCAUGCUGUGUCCGGCGUAGUGUCUGUGUGUCGAGAGAAACCCGCGGAAUAUAUUUCCCCUCGACUUUCCUCCGGCCCGAGUGUUGAAACAAGGUGUGAAUGAGUGACGUGGUGCCUCCCACAGCUCUCAGUGAAGUCCAGCUCCGCUUCCUCUGCCACGAUGACAUAGAGAAUGUCAAGCUGCUCUGUGGUGAUUGGUUCCCAAUCGAGUACCCGGACUCAUGGUAUCAGGACAUCACCUCCAACAAGAAGUUCUUCUCCCUCGCUGCCACCUUCAGAGGAGGCAUCGUGGGAAUGAUUGUGGCCGAGAUCAAAGGCCGGACCAAAGUACACAAAGAGGAUGGAGACAUCCUGGCCUCCAGUUUCCCUGUGGACACACAGGUAGCCUACAUCCUGAGCCUGGGAGUGGUCAAAGAGUUCAGGAAACAUGGCAUAGGCUCCCUACUGCUGGACAGUUUGAAGGAGCACAUCUCAACGACAGCCCAGGACCACUGUAAGGCGAUCUACCUGCACGUCCUCACCACCAACAACACUGCCAUCCACUUCUAUGAGAACAGGGACUUCAGGCAGCACCACUACCUGCCCUACUACUACUCCAUACGAGGCGUCCUCAAAGAUGGAUUCACAUACGUGCUCUAUAUCAACGGGGGCCACCCACCCUGGACAAUAUUUGACUAUAUCCAGCACAUCGGUUCAACCCUGGCCAGCCUGAGCCCCUGCUCCAUCCCUCAGAGGCUGUACCGACAGGCCCAGUCCCUGCUGCGCUCUCUGCUGCCCUGGUCCAACAUCGCCUCCAAGACCGGCAUACAGUACAGCAGAACAAUGUGACAUGGAGCUCAGCUGUUUCUCAUCAGUCUUCCCCUGUACACACCAAGAUGUACGCGCACACUCACAUUCUCAAUCUCGUACGGCUUUCCACACGCCUGUGUUUGACACAGGACUCAGGUUCAACCUGCGUUUGACCGUUCACUU